AUGAAAUUUUGCUUUGGACCAGCUCAGACUAAAUUCAUUUGGUUAAGAAUUCAUCAUAUGGGAGAAUUAGUAGAGAAUUAUGUUAAAUGGUAUGGUUUUUCUUGUGUCCUUAGACCCUUAAAUUAUGAUGAUGAAGUACUUAAGUUUGCUGAAGAUGUGAAAGGAUUUGACUUGGUAGAUGUGUAUGUAGAUCACUCAAUUGGUAGUUCUGAAGUUAUAGAUGAGUCAGAAUUAUUACAUGAUUAUGAUGAGAAUAUUGAUGUUGAAGUUAUAAGUGAACAUGAUGAUACCGAAGUUGAAGUUGUAAGUGAACAUGUUGACGCUGAAGUUCAAGGUGGGAACAAACAUGAUGAUACUGAUGUUCAAAGUGGAAGGGAUGCCGAUAAGAAUUCUGGUGAUGAUGAUGAUGAAUAUGUUGGAAGUGAUGGUGAGAAAGGCAGUUUAAGUGAUAUUGAUUAUAACAUUAGUUACAAAAGUGAUGAAACAACCGAGGGAAAAUAA